AUGGCGAUGCGGUUGGCGGCGGCCGCCGCGUUCGUGCGGCGCCUGGUGCCGGCGCGCCCACCAGUACCCGUCCUGGCGGCGGCAUCUACGGCGGAGUCGGAGGCGGAGGCGGUGACGUGUGGGCGCGGGGACAAGAAAACCAAGCGCGGGAAGCGGUUCAAGGGCUCCUACGGCAACGCACGGCCCAAGCGGGAGAAGAAGAUUGAGCGCAUCAAGGACCGCGUCGAGGUGCCCCGCUCCACACCCUGGCCCCUCCCCUUCAAGCUUAUCUGA